AAUGGUUGGUACUGUUAUAUUUUAUCCGGUUAUAAGAUACAUUGGUCUUUCGCUUCCGGUCAAUCAUGCCGUUCCAAAGGUUUGUGGAGUCGGGUCGUAUUGCCUACGUGAGUGACGGCCCGCAUCAGGGCAAACUCGUAGCAAUUGUAGAUGUCAUUGAUCAAAAUAGGGUUUUGGUCGAUGGCCCUGCAACAAAUGUUCCACGUGGUGAGAUGAGGUUAAGUCAACUUCAUUUAACUAAAUUCCGUAUCCGUUUCCCAUUUACUGGAUCUACACGUGUUGUACGCAAAGCAUGGGAAACUGCAAAUAUUAAUGAACUUUGGAAACAGACUAUGUGGGCAAGGAAGGUUGAAGCUAAGAAGAAGCGCUUGGAACUUAGUGACUUUGACCGCUUUAAAUUAAGAAAAGCCAGACAAAUCCGAAACAAAUUGAGGACAGAUGUAUUUUACCGAUUAAAGAAGAAGGUCAAAAAGGCUAAGGCUACUGGUGGAAAUAAAAAAGUUGAAAAGAAAUAAUUUUUUAUCAUACGAAAUAAAUAUAAAAUUAUCUUGUAACAGUAUAUUUGUUUUUAUAAACACCUUUGAUCUUUGCAUGUA